AUGAGGGAACUUGAUCACACAGUUUGGGAAGAGUUUAUCAGAUAUAGCCGUGAAAGGGAACACAUGCUUAAUCUCUUGUACUAUCAAGAUAAUUCAAGUUCCAAUGCAUUGGAUUUUUCUGCUUGGAUCCGUGGUUAUGCCCACUAUCUUGACGAGCGCCUGAGAUGCUUUGUCAGGUUAAACUAUGAUCCUGUGACGUAUAGCUCAAGAGACGUGAAAUUUGAAACCCAGGAUUUGCUGCAGCAAUUGCCACCAAUGCAAGAGCUUCAAUUUAGGCUUCUUGAAUGCAAGCCAAGGGGAGCAGCUUUAUACAAUGCCUUACUUCAAUAUGCCCUUUCAAUUGUUGCUAAUGAAAGUGUUAAACUUUAUGUUGCAAUAACAGUUAGAGUAGUCAAUCUUCUUGACAAGUUUUUCGAGAUGAACCGAACCGAUGCUACAAAGGCACUUGAGAUUUAUAAAAGAUCAGCAAAUCAGGCACAAUCUUUAGCUUCAUUCUUUGAGACAUGCAGGGCAAUGGAAUUUGGGAGGGGUCAGAAAUUCGUCAGUAUUAAGGAGGCCCCUGCUUCUUUUAUGGCUACUUUGGAGGAUUAUGUUAAAGAGGCUCCAAAUAGCUUGGAACUUGACCACCAACCGAUUACUAAAGAACAAGGUACUCCUCCAGAAGGUGAUUUGCCAGGUGACCAAAGUGAAGAAGAAAGUUCAAAUCACUCUCAAGCAAAGCAUGAGGCUGUAGCAGCACCACCAGUAGCUGACCUUCUUGGUCUGGAUGACUUGCUUACCGGAGCAUCUGAAUUUGAGAAUAAUCCCUAUGCAUUAGCAAUUGUUCCAGCAGAAAAUUCUUCGAAUGCUGAAAGUCUUGAGAAUGGUGCAAGUCAAGAAACAGGUUGGGAACUUGCACUUUUUUCAGAUGAUAAUGUAGUUUCAGAGCCAGAGAGCAUAUCACUGGGUGAAGGAGUGAACAAAUCAGAAGGUGAAGUGAUGAGAGGAACACAAGAGAAUGGAGGAAACCAGAAAGAUCCCUUUGGUGGUUCCGGUGACUUUGAAUUUGCCGUUCCAGAGAGCCAAGGGGCAAUGCAACCUUACCCUCCAGCUCCAUUCUUCCCUCAUCCUCCACUAACUUCUAACAUGCCUACCCAACAAGACAUGUCCUACAACCAACUCUUGAUGCAACAGUUUCAGCAGCAACCAAGUGUAAUGAAUCAGAAAUCUAACAAUCCUUUUGAGUAG